AUGCCCCAAAACCCUAGUGAACUACCAACUUUUUUUGUACAUCUCGAAAACGCUUUCUGUUCUAAUGGAGUUGAUCAAGAUGUCAAGUCAAGACUUCUUCAAAUGUGUUUACACGAUAAAGCGAAGUCUAUUAUAACUCGAUUAACAGUGCAACAAUUAGAUGAUUAUAAUACUUUGAAAGAAUUUCUACUGAGCGAGUUUAGAAUCAGUCCAGUCAAAUUGCGAGAACAAUUUUUCGGCACGAAAAAAAUACCAAAUGAAACGUACCAACUAUUAUUAUCGAAGUUAAAAAGCUUAUGGAAUUUUUAUCUUAAAAGCAGAGAGAUUGGAACAGAUUUUCAUAAACUAGUGAACUUAUUAAUGGCCGACCGAAUGAAGGAGUUGCUACCCAGAGACUGUUUAAAUUUCGUUCUUAGCCAGGAGCAAGAUGGCUGGUUAGAUUGUGAUAAGUUAGCACGAAUAGCUGAUAAUUAUGCCGCGACAUACGUCAAGGAUAAUAACAGAUCAUAUCAUCGUGAAACGGAACAAAAUUCUUUUGUUGACACUGCAUUUACUCAGUUUGAUACAAGACAGGAAGCGAAUCCACGCAUAUUGGACAAAACUAAAGAAGAAGCUAUGAGAAAAGGAUUAUGUUUUAAAUGUCGACAACCUGGUCAUCUAUCAAAAAACUGCAACAAUUCAUUUAAAAUACAAAGAAAUUCAGUGCAGCGCAGAUUGGAAGUAAACAAUAGUUAUCAAUAUAAUCGAAAUACCCGAGAUAUUCAGUGGAAACAUUUCUAUAGAAGAAAAUUCGUCGAUAUUGCUGUGGAAGGUGUACUACCCCAAAAGGCAUUGCUCGACGGAGGCGCAGAGAUUUGUUGA